AUGUCAGCAGCAACAACCACCGAUAAACUUGGUGAGAAGAAUCUUGAGAAUUUCUCUUUAGUUUGGCUCGACGAAACCGCAUCGAAGCAUCCAGACGAGGAAAAACGACUUCGUACGGUGAUCAGUCACCUGAAAAAGUUCGACGGUAUCGAUCAAACUGAAUCUUAUAUUCAAUCUGUUUCAAAAGAAGAUCAAAUUGUGUUCGUUGUCAAUGGCAAAUGCAGUCAUGAAAUCAUCUCCCGAAUCCAUUUAUUACCACAAAUCUUUGCAAUUUAUAUUUACGAUUCGGAAAUUACUGACUGUAUGGCAGAAUUCAAUAAAGUUAAAGGUGUGAAUAAAGAAUUGAAACUUUUAGUAGAGCAGAUCAUUGCCAAUCAUUGCGAUAGAAUCAAUGGAAAUCUCUCUCUCAAUGUUUUCAAUGCAUCAACACGCAAUCAGGAACAAUCAACCUCAUCGUUGAAUGGACAGUUUAUUCAUUGUCAUUUGUUAAUCGAUUGCCUUUUGAAUAUGAUUCCGAAAUCAACGGAUAAAGAUCAAUUAAUUGAUUUAUGUCGAAAAUAUUACAAAGACAAUCCAACGGAAUUGGCCAUUGUUAAUGAAUUUCAACGGAAUUAUGUUGCUGAUCGGGCAUUAUGGUGGUAUACUAGAGAAUCGUUUCUUUAUCGACUGUUAAACAAAGCACUACGAACGCAAGACAUCGAUUUCUUGUUUUUAUUCCGUUUUUUCAUUCGUGAUCUCGAAAAUCAAUUGAAACAACUACAAUCACCCACGAAACUUCGCGUUUACCGGGGUCAAGUUAUCUCCAAUGAUGAAUUGGAAGCAUUGAAAACAUCCAUUGGACAGUUUAUUUCCAUGAAUUCCUUUCUCUCAACCAGCGUUGAUCGUCGAUCGGCAGUUUCGUUUCUUUACAGUUCAACAGCAUCAGCCGAUCUCCAGCGUAUUCUUUUCGAAAUCGAUCUUGAUCCGAGUUUAGCAGGAAUCAAACCAUUUGCCAAUAUCACAUCGCAUAGUUUCUUCACCGAUGAACAAGAAGUUUUAGUUAUGUUAGGAUCGAUCUUCCGCUUGGUCAAUCUCGAAUACAAAGAUCGAGCUUGGGUUGCCCAAUUGAGUUUAUGCAGUGAUGAAGAUAAUGACACAAAAGCAGUUUAUGAUUAUAUUAGAAAUGAAUACGGAGAAGGCGAACAGGGCUCAAGUCUUUUCUCAUUUGGUGUUCUUCUUUUCAAAAUGGGUCAAUAUGAGAAAGCUGAACAGUAUUAUCAUCGUUUACUCAAUGAAUUACCGAAUGAUCAUGAAGAUUUACCUUCUUGUUAUCAUAAUUUGGGUAUGAUGGAAAAUCAUCGUGGAAAUUAUACGGAAAGUUUGCAAUGGUUGAACAAAGCUCUUCAAAUGUAUACCCAAACGUUGAAAUCGGAUGAUCCAAUCAUUGCGCGCACUUAUAACAGCAUCGGGGAAGUUAAAGGUGUGAAUAAAGAAUUGAAACUUUUAGUAGAGCAGAUCAUUGCCAAUCAUUGCGAUAGAAUCAAUGGAAAUCUCUCGCUCAAUGUUUUCAAUGCAUCAACAGGCAAUCAGGAACAAUCAACCUCAUCGUUGAAUGGGCAGUUUAUUCAUUGUCAUUUGUUAAUCGAUUGCCUUUUGAAUAUGAUUCCGAAAUUAACGGAUAAAGAUCAAUUGAUUGAUUUAUGUCAAAAAUAUUACAAAGACAAUCCAACAGAAUUGGCCAUUGUUAAUGAAUUUCAACGGGAUUAUGUUGCUGAUCGGGCAUUAUGGUGGUAUACUAGAGAAUCAUUUCUUUAUCGACUGUUAAACAAAGCACUGCGAACGCAAGACAUUGAUUUCUUGUUUUUAUUCCGUUUUUUCAUUCGUGAUUUAGAAAAUCAAUUGAAACUAUUGCAAUCAUCCACGAAACUUCGCGUUUAUCGAGGUCAAGUCAUCUCCAAUGAUGAAUUAGAAACAUUGAAAACAUCCAUCGGACAGUUCAUUUCGAUGAAUUCCUUUCUCUCAACCAGCGUUGAUCGUCGAUCGGCACUUUCGUUUCUUUACAGUUCAACAGCAUCAGCCGAUGUCCAGCGUAUUCUUUUCGAAAUCGAUCUAGAUCCGAGUUUAGCAGGAAUCAAACCAUUCGCUAAUAUCACAUCGCAUAGUUUCUUCACCGACGAACAAGAAGUUUUAGUUAUGUUAGGAUCGAUCUUCCGAUUGGUCAAUCUCGAAUACAAAGAUCGAGUUUGGGCUGCCCAAUUGAGUUUAUGCAGUGAUGAAGAUAAUGACACGAAAGCAGUUUAUGAUUAUAUUAGAAAUGAAUACGGAGAAGGCGAACAGGGCUCAAGUCUUUUCUCAUUUGGUGUUCUUCUUUUCAAAAUGGGUCAAUAUGAGAAAGCUGAACAGUAUUAUCGUCGUUUACUCGAGGACGUGGCAAAAUUUGGAGUGGAACCAGUUUUGAGUGAAUUUCUGGUUUCUGAUUUCUGA